AUGGUGGCUCGCGGUGCGCUGCAGCGGACGCUGUGUGGGCCGCGCGCCUACUUUUGCACGAGCGCACAAAGGCAAAGCGCAUGGCCAACAGCGCCAUCUACACCUAGUACACAAGCAGUGCCGAAGCCGGCCAUCACAGUAGCAUCGCUCCUCAAGCAAAAAGCGGCGCAGGAGCCGAUCACCUGCAUCACUGCAUACGAUAACCCGACAGCGCUGAGUGUGCGCGCCGCCGGUGCAGAUAUGUGUCUCGUGGGCGACUCACUAGCAAAUGUUGCACUGGGCUAUGCGUCCACACGCUCGCUCACACUUGACGCCAUGAUCCACCACGGCCGCGCCGUUUCCGCUGCGGUGCAUGCGCCUGCGCUGGACAUGGAUCCAGCAUGCCCUCCCGCCCCGUUUGUAGUUAUCGACAUGCCAUUUGGCUCGUGCAAUAUCUCCAUCGACGACGGGAUGCGCAACGUCGUACGCGUCAUCCAGGAGACGAGAGCGCCCGCCGUCAAGAUGGAGGGCUCGCUCGAGCUGGUGCCUCUGAUCAGGAAGCUGAACGGCGCGGGGAUUUCCGUCAUGGGCCAUAUUGGUUUGCAGCCGCAGCGGUUCGGCGAUGCGAACUCGUUUCGUGUACAGGGGACAGAUGCAGACAGUGCGUGUGCUAUUUACGAGGCCGCGCGUGCGCUGGAAGAUGCCGGAUGCUUUUCCAUUGUGCUCGAGUGCAUCCCUGCCAAGCUCGGCGAGGCGAUCAGCGCUGCACUCCGCAUUCCCACGAUCGGGAUUGGCGCGGGGCCGCACACAAGCGGCCAAGUGCUCGUCUCGACGGAUCUUGCGAACGACGUGACCAGUCCCGCGCACGUAUCUGCCGUCCUGCAUGAGAUGCAGGCAUCCGAGCACACCACCCGCACUGUCGAUUUGGCGAAAUGGCCCGCAGGACCAAAGUUUGUGCGCUCGUUUGCCGCGCCACAUAGCCUUGCCGCGUUGCGGAUCGAGGCAUAUCGCGCAUUUUGCGACGCCGUGCGCAAUCGCACAUACCCCGACCUUGCGACGGAGUCCUACCGCAUCAAGACCGACGCCUGGGAAGCAUUCCAGGCACGUUUUACACAUACCCCGUAG